AUGUCCGAGUAUAUUUUUAACAUGAGCUCCAAACCAAAGGUUUCUCUGAUUCCUUGGGAUGCGGAGUCUGACGGCCAUAUAAAGGCCCUGACAUCACAACGGGAGGAAUGUCGUUGGCACCAAGAGAAGGUGGGCGUGGAAUGGAAAGAGCAGCAACUCAAGGGUGAGAAGUGCAUUUACUGGAUUGUCAUUCCGACCGAUGACUCAGAGCAACGGGAAAUCAAAGCACACCUCGACCCAGCAAAGGGCAAUGAAGAGCUCUCUGACACAGCAACAUCCAUCAAUGGAGUCCCACGCAAUGCGACACGGCAAACCUUCAUCCCCGUGGGCCACAUUUCCCUCGAUCCAAAAAACUCCGAUGCAGACAAGCUUGAGCUAAACCUUCCCCCUGCCAACGUCUUAUGGAUCAAAUCCUUUUUUGUGUCGCAUUCAUUCCAAGGCCAAGGCAUUGGUCGAGCCGCGAUGGAUGAAGUCGAGGACAUGGCCACGCAGCCACCACUCUCUGCGAAAACAUUGAUGCUGGACACAGUACAGAAAGACGACCAAGUUAGUCUGGGAUUUGCAGAAGAAUUUUUCGGUGAUACUUCAAAGGUUGUCAAUGAGGCGUGGUAUAGACGCCGCGGGUAUGAAUUGAUAAAAACCGUGCAGAACUAUUAUCGCGUGGCGGAUAAAACUGGGAAGGUCUGGGAUGCUAAGACGGUUUUCAUGAGGAAGGACAUUUCAUAG